UUUUUUUUAAAGGGAAAGACGGACCUUAAGCGGCAAGCCUAGGGUUAUAACAACAUCUCGAUGGACACGUACUCGAGCAAGUUAAUCGUCUGCAAGGCACCGUUUGAUAGUGAGGCUGCUGCUAAGCAAAAAGCCAUCCUCGAGAACUACACCAAUCCCUGGGUUAGGAUAUCUGUUGAAGGAUUCAGGUGUUGUAAGGACGAUGAGGAUGAAAUCAGGAUUGAAUUGAUUAAUCUCUUCAAAUCAUGUGGCCGUGACAGUAUAGUUGAUUUCCCCAGAGAGCCUCUUUUGGACAGACGUGCUUUUGUUACUCUUCGUGCACAUGGUGAUGAUGCACAUGUCGCAAAAGAGAAAGCGUUGCAACUUAAUGGAAGUAACAUGGGAGGUUGGAAUGCCCUUGUCAAGAUUGCACCCGAGGAAGAAGAUGAGGAAUACCUGGCGUUAUCAGCUUAUAGAGAAGCUCUUGGUGAUGAGCUAUUAUAUGACAAAAGAUUUAUGUUUGGCAUUACCGUUAAGGGGUAUGACACCUCCCUUCGUAAAGAUGAAGUCGAGAAGGCUUUGAGAGCACAUUUCUCUUCUUGUGGAGAGAUAACACAUGUUUACGUUAAUCCCGCCGACAAGUUUACUAAUAUCUAUUUUUCCCAAGAAGAAGGAGAAGCUAGUGCCAUGGCUCUUGAUGGAAGUCAAGUGGACCGAUUCAAAAUAACUACUUCGCUCGUAGCCACAACAGCCAGUAGUAACACUCCCCUUCCCCCUGGUGAAACUUAUUUUGGCUAUUGUUACCCAGCUCAUAUGCUUGAGUUUGGCAAGGAGAUGCAGGAGAAGAUCGAUUUUUAUAUGACUGAGUGGAGGCUCAAUGCGAUGACAAAGAAGCUCAGGGCUCUUAAGAAGCACAAGGUCUGGACUCUUAGGGAGCCUAAGGUCAAGGCUCUUAAGAAGCCCAAGGCCGGAGCUCUUAAGAAGCUUAAGGCCUGGGCUCUUAGGAAGAAGCUUAAGUCAUAUAGAUCAAGGUUUUAAAAACCGAGCUUCAUUAGCUACAAAAAAUUAUCGUGGAUCUGUCCUGACUAUCAUAGACCUACGUUUUAAACUAGCAAAAAUAUCUCAUAUUUAUAUAUUUGAAAUUUAUGUAUUUGAAAUAUUUAUAUAAAAGUAAAGGGUGUCUUUUUUUUA